ACGCAGUUUUAUUUACGCAUAGUGCGCAUUUUGCUGGCCAGCGCUCAGACAUCAUUGAGUAGGAGAAAUAUCGCAUCCUCUCAGGGGCUUUUUUCCAGAUCACCAUGACAACAAUUUGCAAUGGUGAAGAAUUCGAUACCAGGGCGCUUGGAGGCUGAUUGGGGUGCAUUGUGAGAGGCCUGGGGUCGCUGAUUGGUUCAAGAAAAGCACCAUAACUACAAGGAGUUUAUAUUCAUUCAACUUGUUGAAGUGCUCCUACUGCAGUCUGGAGAGAAGUCUGUACUUGGACUCUGGCUUCGAGAGAAUCUGGAUUCGUCCAGCAGUGAUCUUGAGGGCUACACAUCUUAACAUGGACUGAUUUACUAAAGGCUUGGCAGAAAUGGCAAAUGCAGACAGUGAGGUCAAAACGUUGCUGAAUUUUGUAAAUCUGGCAUCCAGCGACAUCAAGGCGGCCCUGGAUAAGUCAGCUCCGUGCAGACGCUCCGUGGACCACAGGAAAUACCUGCAGAAACAGCUGAAGCGGUUCUCCCAAAAGUACUCCAGGGUCCCAAGAUGCCACACGCACAGGUCUGCGGAGUACAGAUGCGCCAGACCAAUGGGGACUGUACAGCAGAGCGUGCCGGUGUCAGAAAAGGCCACAUCUGACGCGCAAGGCGUGGAGAAUGUGGGGAGCGCUGUGGAGCAGGUGCCCAUGAGGAAACGCCAACUGCCAGCCUCGUUUUGGGAAGAACCCAAGUUGACCCAAACUAAGAGGGAGCACUCGCAGUUGGGGUCGAAAAGGAGCCCCGUGGUCACGCCUGAGUGCAGUGAAAAUGAGAAGAGGAAACGGAGUUAUGACGAUGAUGCAAAGGCCACAGUGUCUGCGUCCAGUCGGCGCGGCUCCGCAGACAGAGAGACGCUAAAACUGGACCGGUCCUCUAACCACUGUGUGAGUGUGUGCGCCUGCUGCCCUUUCCAGUACCACGGACACCAGGUCCUUCACAGUCACAUUGUUGUCCCGCAUCCGCCCCUGGGACUGUGGAGCAAAGCAGCAGGAACUGAGACAGAGAGAUUUGAGCAUCCUUACGGACAGAAAAUUCACACGCACGUCGUGGUCAAACCCAUACCGACCAAGCCCACCGCUCAGUCACCAAUCUUCAGCGUGUUUGGAUUCAUUUGAUUCGGCUGCUAAUGAACACGCCACACAAAAAUGUGUAAAUGUGACUAAUGUUUUCCGUUUUGUGUUCUACACAGCGCCUUUCCCUUUUGGCAAAACGAAACACUUCCUCAAGCACUUAUUGGAAUUCUUCGUCCGUUUUGUUGUUGUUGUUUAAACCUAAAUGACUAAAUUGCACUUGCGGCAUAAUUUUACCAGCUUUUUUUUAUUUUAUUUUAUUUUUUAUGUCAAUUUCAUGCCACCCCUCUGAACACUGACAGUAAGUUAAAAGGUUUCUACUUUUAGGAGUCCACAGAGAAUGACUGUUCUUUUUUAAAAUUCAAAAAAGUCAUGUAAAUGAACCCAAACAUCAGCUUUGAGAAUCGCCUUUCUUUGUCAAAGUAAUGCUUGAUAGGCACAAUUGAAACAAUGACUUUUAUUUUUAAAUAAAUGAUUCAACUUCCCUCAAGAA